AUGGAUAUCCUCUCAAAGCGAGCUAGGAUGACUCCGGUGCAGCUCUGCAUCCUAGCGGCAUUCUUUUGUUGUUGCUUUGCUUUGGAGUGCUUUACCGGAUUCAAGUAUAUUAAAGGACAAAGCAUAGGGACGACUACGCAAACGUAUGCCUUUUGGCCCAUAACAAGUGCAUCCAAACGACAUUUGAAGGCCAUGAUGUCAAGCUCUGUUGUUGUAACAAUGAAGAUCUGUGCAAUUCAAUGUUCACACCCAGUUUAUAUGUUCCUCUGCUUUUGUUGGCGACAUAUUGGAGUUUAUGAGAACUACACCAGCUACGAAAAGGCAAGCAAUCUCGCCAAAAACUUGCUUGAUAUCGGGUAA